AUGGCGGAUGCAAGCUCGACACCCGGCCCAAAGCCCAGUAGCAGCGUCAAGCUGGUUCUACUCGGCGAAGCAGCCGUUGGAAAGUCUUCUCUCGUCCUACGAUUUGUAAACAACGACUUCCAAGAGAAUAAGGAGCCUACCAUCGGAGCCGCUUUCUUGACCCAAAAAUGUUCUCUGCCCACCCGUACAAUCAAGUUCGAGAUAUGGGAUACCGCCGGCCAAGAACGUUUCGCAUCUCUCGCUCCCAUGUACUACCGAAACGCCCAAGCCGCCCUCGUCGUAUACGACCUCACCAAACCAUCUUCCCUGGUCAAGGCCAAGCACUGGGUUGCCGAACUUCAGCGACAAGCAAGUCCCGGAAUCGUCAUUGCCUUGGUCGGUAACAAGCUUGAUCUGACAAGUAGUGAUGGCACAUCCGCGGCCGCCAGGGAUUCCCCCCGGACUCCGGAUGGCACCAACGAAGGUGAUGAAGGAGAGACUCCAGGCACCAACAACGGAAACGACGAACAGGAUGACGAGCAAGAUGGAUCUCCAAGCGGUGACGCGAGAAAAGUCUCUACACAAGAGGCCAGCGCAUACUCUGAAGCGGAGGGUCUACUGUUCUUCGAAACGAGCGCCAAGACUGGUUUCAACGUCGCGGAGGUGUUCACUGCCAUUGCAAACGCAAUCCCCGAAGCGAGCCUAAAGAGUUCGAGGGGCGGUGCCGGUGCGAGUGGAGCAGCUGGCAGUACUGGACUUGGUGCCGGUACACGGUCGGGAGAUGACUCGAGGAUCAACCUACGAGAUAGAGGGCAGGUUGGUGCAAAGGAAGGGUGUGCUUGCUAG